GACACUGUGACAAGCUUGAAGGCUCCAUCUCAAUAGUCACAGAUGGAGUGGAAUGGCUUAAAGAUGAUAAUUAGCACCAUGGAACCUCAGGUGUCGAAUGGCCCAACUUCCAAUACGAGCAAUGGACCAUCCAGUAAUAGUCGAAACUGUGCUUCUCCUAUGCAGACAGGGGCAGCUACAGAUGACAGCAAAACUAACCUCAUAGUCAACUAUUUGCCGCAAAACAUGACGCAAGAAGAGUUCAGGAGUCUGUUUGGCAGCAUUGGAGAGAUAGAAUCCUGCAAGCUGGUGCGGGACAAAAUCACAGGCCCACAAUUGGAGGAACACUUGAAGGAUUUAGCUACUGGCACAAAAUGGAAAUCCCUUACUGAAGAGGGCCCUAUCUUUGGGAAAGGGCAGAGUCUAGGAUAUGGAUUUGUUAAUUACAUUGAUCCAAAGGAUGCAGAAAAAGCCAUUAACACUUUAAAUGGACUCAGACUACAAACCAAAACCAUCAAGGUUUCCUAUGCCCGGCCCAGUUCCGCAUCAAUUCGUGAUGCUAACUUGUAUGUCAGCGGCCUUCCAAAAACUAUGACGCAGAAAGAACUGGAACAAUUAUUUUCACAGUAUGGACGCAUCAUCACCUCAAGAAUCUUAGUGGAUCAAGUUACAGGUGUGUCUCGGGGAGUUGGAUUUAUUCGUUUUGACAAGAGAAUAGAGGCCGAGGAAGCCAUAAAGGGAUUGAAUGGACAGAAGCCAAGUGGAGCAACUGAACCGAUAACUGUGAAAUUCGCCAACAACCCCAGUCAGAAAACCAGCCAAGCGCUUCUUUCGCAGCUCUACCAGUCCCCCAACAGACGCUACCCGGGCCCUCUCCACCACCAGGCACAGCGGUUCAGGCUGGACAAUUUGCUUAAUAUGGCCUAUGGCGUUAAGAGGUUUUCUCCAAUUACAAUUGAUGGAAUGACAAGCCUGGUUGGAAUGAACAUCCCUGGGCACACGGGUACAGGCUGGUGUAUCUUUGUUUACAACCUCUCCCCCGACUCAGAUGAGAGUGUCCUUUGGCAGCUUUUUGGCCCAUUUGGGGCAGUCAACAACGUCAAAGUCAUCCGUGAUUUCAACACCAACAAAUGCAAGGGAUUUGGCUUUGUCACAAUGACCAAUUAUGAUGAAGCAGCUAUGGCUAUUGCCAGCCUUAAUGGAUAUCGCCUGGGAGACAGAGUUCUGCAGGUUUCCUUUAAAACCAACAAAACCCACAAGUCUUGAAUUUCUAGCCUAUAUACAUCAACCUGAAAACAAAAAUUCUGUUCACGAACAAAGAGAAGAGGGAAAAUAUAAAAAAAAAAAAGACUUUCAAUGGCUUAUAACCAACCAUGGACUUUAUAAGCCAAUGUUGCCUAAGUAUUACCAUUGGAUAUCCUGUGAUAAACCGGAAAGGAUUUUAUAACGCUUAGAAAAAAAAAAGAAAAUAAGAAAAAAAAACUUUGAUGCAUUGAAUGUUCUUUCAUAGCUGUUGUCGUUGAAUAUAAUAUACAUAGAUUACAAUGAGCAGGGCUUUUUUAACCCAGCCGGCUAGUUUUACACCUUCUUUGAAGGUGGCUGUUUUUAAGAUGACCAUGAGUUCAUUUGAAGAAGUAAAAAA